GAUGCUGCCAGACUGUUGGCCAAGAAUAUCGUCAUUCGGCAAGAAGAAGAGAAAUUUGCAAAUUUACAAAGAAAUCGGGUAAAUAGUUAUUAACACCAGCCAAGAUGAGCUUCAUGCAACCGAGUCCCGUCAAGUAUGCGUGCUCCUGCGGCGUCCUCAACCCGAUCAAUAAGCUCUUCUUCUGCCGUCACUGCCCGAAGCUGCGCUGUGGGUUGUGCGUCUGCCACGAAAUCGAGUCCCACUUUUGCUCCAACUGCUUGGAGAACAUCCCAUCGACGGAGGCCCGUCACAGGAAGAACUGUUGCGCCAACUGCUUUGAAUGUCCCUGCUGCCAGCACACUUUGUCCGCCAGAGCCACGACUGUGCCAGUGGUUCGUAAGACUGAAGAACCCAAGGACACCAAGGAGGGUGAAAGCGUUGGAGGAGCAGCUGCAGCUCCCGCUGCUCCGGCAAGCAGCAAGCCCUCGGCUGUGCCAACAACCAAGAAGAUGUACUACCUCUCGUGCCUGUCCUGUCGUUGGACAACGCGCGACGUGGGAAUUCCCGACCAGGGCGUGGCCACUGGGACCUGGCCUGACAACGAAUGCUUGUACCAGGCGCGCUUUAAUACCCUAGUGGAGUAUUUCCAAGCUGUAGUGCUUCAGGAUAAGCAGGAGAAAAUGGAUUUUUUGCGCCGCAAAGCCCCAAAACAGCCCAAGUUUCCCAGUCUAACGGAUCGUACUGGCCUCACCGUUUCCAUGAUUCGUCGUCAGAUUGGUUGGACCGAAAAGACCCUUCCAAAACCGAGGCCUGUGAUCACGCCAGCGGAGGCAACGUCGGAGGUAGAGGAACUGCCUGCGGAAAUCUUUACCGAGCCGUUGAAUCUUCGUAAUGUGACCACCAUUGCUCAGCGUCACAGCCAGCCCGCAGAGCAGCCGACGUCAGUCAGCAAGCUGUACCCACAGCGCCGCUCGUUGUGGAUCAAGCGUUCGCUUCGUUGUCGUCAGUGCGAGCAUAAUCUGAUCAAGCCGGAGUACCAUCCUACUUCGAUAAAGUACCGCAUCCAGCUCUUUGCCAGCUGUCACGUCCCUGAGGUCGUCAUGGUCCGUUGCGAGCAGCCUUUGGUAGCCGGGAAGAGCAACGCUAUUUUGCUGAAGUUUACCAAUCCAACUAUGUACGAUAUGACCAUCAGUUUGCUGACAGAUGCGCCAUCCGAGGAGGGGGAAUUCAACGCGGAAAAUCAAGGCCCUAAGGAAGAACAGGAUACUGCAACGCCAGUAAUAAAAGGUGUAAAUCUAGCUAGGCAGAACUCCACACGGGAGGUGACACGGGAAGUAAAAGAUAUCUCCAAUGCUCCCAUUGUUCCACUUGAAAGCGAGUUUGUGUUGAGCCAGCGGGACGAUUCCAAGGAGUUUGAUGAAUACGUUCAGCUGCCGACAGAGGAACCGAAGUUUAUUGUGUGGCGCAAGGGCAACAAGGUACUUAUUCGGCUGCAGUUCACUCCGUCGGAAGAGCUGUCCCCAAACACAGAUGUUGUGCUAGGUUUCUUCAUGCAGUACACAUAUGUGAACACGGUGACUAACGCUUCGGAAAAGAAGGAGCCCACAACACACGCCCUCCACUCCCGGGUGUUCAUAACAGCGGGGACCACUGAGCAGAAGGCGAAUUAAGUGUAUUCCCAAAAUAUCCUUAUCAAUACUAAACGAACCUUAUUGUAACUGAAGACCGCUUUAAGAAAGCUAGGCAAUUAUGUAUUUAUUGAAUUAACAUACUCGUGGAAAGCAGCUAGUAUUACUGUUGAAUAAAAUGCUUCUUCUAACCCUA